ACGUCAUGGAAGAUGGUUACUGCACCCAGGUUCUGCUGGACGAAUUAAAGACCACGGAUACGGUGGCAGAUGCCACAGCUUCCAUGACAGCUGUCACCGGAGCCCCCACUGAAUCAGUAGCGGCAAUAUGUAUGUAUUUAAAAAAAAUUUUUUUUAUUGUUUUAAUUGAUUUGUUUGAAAAAAACCUUUUCAUAUAAAAUCUUCAUUCUGUCACAGAAGCUGUGUUAGGUGCCACAAAAGCCAGAAGCUGCCACUACCAAGCUGUGGCAGUUUCCGGCAGCCCCUGCAGCUAAUGGCAGGUGUGACAGGUGACACCUGAAGUGCUGCUACAGCUGAUACUGCCCCCAUUGGAGCUGGCUGUCUCUCCAAUGAACAUGUUAAGCAGAUGCUGAUGGUUAAAGAAGAAGCUCCUGAAAACCACAGAUCUGUUGCUGAGCUGCAUGACCCAAAGCCGCAGCAGAUAAAGGAGGAAGAGAAAGAAGUCUGCAUCAGUCUGGGGGCAGAGCAGCUCAACGGGAAGGAGGAGAUUGAUGUUACUCCUGUAAAGAGUGAGGAUGAAAUACAGUCCAUUCUGCUCUCACAGAAUCUUUAUGAAGAUAAAAUUAAAGACAGAGAUCUUCCAGAAGAGAAUGAUGAGGGAGAAUUCAUUAAGAUAGAAAAUCAUGAAGAUGGUUCCAUUUUCUCAAAGAUUGAAGUCAUUGUAAAAGAUGAAGAGGACGAUGAUGUACAAUUUCCUGUCUCUGAACCGAAUCAUUUGCCCGACUCUGGACUGAAAACGAAGGACGAGGACAAUGACUGGACAGAGAGUAGAGCCACCGAGUCAGAUGGAAACAUCUUUUCUGAGUUUGCUGAACAAUUUCUUCACCAUCACUCUAUUCAGAAAGACAUGACACAUUCAGAAAUAAGAUCUGCAGUCUCUAUGGGUAACAACAAAUGUUUUACAGAGAACAAAAAUGUGGACUCAGAAAGGAAAGUCCAGGCAGGAGAGACGUUUAGCUGUGAAGAUUGUGGUAAAACCUUUAUUAGAAAAUACAAUUUUAACAGACAUAAGCGAAUCCACACAGAGCAGAAAUCUUUCUGUUGUGAGCUUUGUGAAGAAAGAUUUAACCGUAAAUCAAGUUUAAAUUUGCACAUGAGAAUUCACACAGAAUACAAACCUUUCUGUUGUGAUCUUUGUGGACAAGGAUUGAGGCACAAGCGCAGUUUAAAUGCGCACAUGAGAAUCCACACAAAGCAGAAACCUUUCAGUUGUGAUCUUUGUGAACAAAGAUUUAACCGUAAAUCAAGUUUAAACACACACAUGAGAAUCCACACAGGACACAAACCCUUCUGUUGUGAUCUUUGUGGACAAAGCUUUCGCCAUAAAUCAAAUUUAAGUACACACGUGAGAAGCCACACAAGACAGCAACCUUUCUGUUGUGAUAUUUGUGGACAAAGACUUCGCUAUAAAUCAAGUCUAAGCAUACACAUGAGUAUUCACGCUGGACAGAGACCCUUCUGUUGUGAUCUUUGUGGACAAAGAUUCGUCAAUACGUCACAUUUAAACUCGCACAAGAGAAUCCACACAGGACUGAAACCUUUCUGUUGUGAUAUAUGUGGAAAAGGAUUUGCCCACAAACCACAUUUAAGUGCACACACGAGAAUCCAUACAGGACAGAAACCUUUCUGUUGUGAUUUAUGUGGUAGGAAGUUUAGUGAAAAAGGAAAGUUAAAGAGACACAUGAGAAUCCACACCUAAGGCAAAUAGCUCUGCUAGGAAUACUAAAACUGCACUACUGCUGUUGGCUGUGAAAUAUGUGUCAUUAAAGACAAUUGUAUUCACUUGGUUUCAGUAUGUUUGUAGCGGUAAAUUUAAAUAACAUUAAAUUAAUAGCUUGUGCUAUUCCCUGUUUUUCAUCUACAGUCCAAAUUGAGCUGUGUAUUUUCAUUGCAUGUAAAUAGUUUUGUUUAAGAGAAUCGGAUCACCUUUCUGUCAUUAAGAAAGGUGAGUUCAUGUGACCUUGAGUCAAGAGAUUAUCUGCUAAUCCUUGAACUAAAGCGAAUCACCAGCAAAACGAUGAUCCCAAACACAGCAGGAAAUCCCGAAAGAUUAUCCAAAGGGAAUUAAGGUACAGCAAUGGCCUAGUUAAAACCCACACCAAACCUUGGCUUUCUGAAUAAGAAAGCCGUUUCUAGUUACUGUUAUAUCCUGAGUUCAGCUUGAUUGUGAUGCAAUUAGUUUUGAUAUGUCUAUGAACCAAGUCUGUACGUUGUGUUGAUUUGAUUAAAUGUGUGGAUAGAAGCUUGACUUGUUCAUUUGGGUGAGAAAGGAAAAUUCAAUUGAAUAUACUUGAGCUUUUCUAAUUGAGUAACAUAAUUAAACCAUCGUCUUGAUUAUGUUGAAAUCAAUACAAUGAAGAUGCUUAGAUGCUUCUAGAUGUCAGUUUUGUAUUGCAUUUUAAGUAUAUCCAUAUUUAUUUCAAUAGUGAUUCAGUGGCAGUCACAGUUCAGUGUAAAAUACAUUUCUUUUUAAUAUUGUAGUAAAAAUAAAGCAGAGUACAUCAAAUGGCAUCUUUUUAAGGCAGCCGGCAUUCUCAGUCUACUAGUACAUUUUAUUUAAAAGGCGCCCUUCGUGGCAUAAAGAUCACCUUACAAAGACUAAAAAAAAGCAUAUGUAGAAAAAAAUGUAGAGUAAAAUGAUCAGUCAAAAUGCUUGUUUGAACAGAUGGGUUUUUAGGGAGGAUUUAAAGGGACAGUCCCAGAAAGACCUUUGGAGUGAGGGGUGACAUCAAAUUGUGGUGAAGCCUAUUUUGCUGUACGAGGGAGUUGUGUUGUACAUUUGCUAGGCACAUAUAGGUUGCAUAUUUACAGAAUGAUAAAGACUUUCCAUUUACAAAGGCGUGUUCAUCUACAGAUAUCAGGGUUUCCCACAGAAAACGUUCCCUGGGCUUUAGGGAGGCCUUCCAGCCAGCCGCCAUGGUUUUGAGUUAAAAAGUUUUUAAAGUUGACAGGAAAUUUGAAUAUAUUACUUGAUAGUUAUGCAUUUUUGGAAGGCUGGGAAGAUUACUACCUAAACACUACCUAUAAAGUCUAAAAAAAGGCUAUAAAAAACAAAAAACUAAGAUAAAUUAACAAUGCUAAGCCUGGUGGAGGUACAAGUAAAUCCUGGUGGCCCACCAGGCUUAUAAUACACCUGGAUAGUCAGAGUUUACCUGUUAUACAGGCAAACGGUGAGUGUGCCAGCCAUCCAGUAACUUCAUUCUUUUUAAAACUUAAUAUAAUUCACCAAUAUGAAAAACUUCACACUAAUUUAGUAAGAAAAAAAAUCUACAUCAUGGAUUUAUUGUUAUUGCUUGUAUUCAUGUUGCAUUUGUUGUAAAUUGACACUUUAAAGAAUUAAACUGUAUCAAGAAAAAUGUGAUUUUGCAUUACCACAUAUGCUAAUAAUGGGUGAAGUAACAUCAUAAAGAAUCAUGUUGGGCUUUUGUAAACUGUAAAAAGUAUGGACAGAGAUGCAUUUUUAAUAUAUCAUUUAUUUUAUUAAACAAAAUCUCAGUAAAAACUCUUUAUGAAAUAGAAAGCAAGAAUUCCCUGUCAGUAGUUCGCUGGCAGCUGCGGGGCCAUCCGGACUCCAUCAUCUCAUCUCCAACAAUCCUUGUUGUGAUUUCAACCACAGCUACAGAUCAGUUUCUUUUUAAAAUUCACUUCAAAAACAAACAAACAAAAAAAA